UGACACAUGACGACAGUCUGGCUGAUGUGUUACUAAACACAGGCUGCAUAAAAGCUGACGAGCAACGACGUGCAGACCUUUGAUAAGCUCACUCCACACGUGCGUCAGUCCAGAUAACGUUAACGUUAGUUGAGAGUGAAGGGAAAGAAAUGCAGUCUGUGGUGAAACAAAACCUCCAUUUGGAGACCGAAGGAGACAUAAACAGACUCAUCAACCUGAAGCUCAAUGCAUCCUACACCUACCUUUCUCUGGGGAUGUAUUUUGACAGGGAUGAUGUCGCCCUGCCAAAAUUCUCCACUUUUUUCCUGGAGGGUUCUAUGAAAGAGAGGCAACAGGCUGAGAAGCUGCUGGAAUAUCAGAACAUGAGAGGAGGGCGAAUCUUUCUUCAGACCAUUGCUAAACCAAGUAGAGAGGACUGGAGAGGCGGUCUGGAUGCAAUGUCCUUUUCCCUGGACUACCAGAAGACCCUAAACACAUGUAUCCUUGAUGUGCACCGCAAAGCUGGCACUCACACUGACGCUCAUCUGUGUGACUUCCUCGAGCAACACUUCCUCACCGAUAGCCAUGACACCAUAAAGAAGCUGGGCGAUUACAUUGGCAGUCUGACCCGCAUCACUGCGUCUGAGACACACGGUGCUAUGGGAGAAUACCUCUUUGAUAAACACACUCUGUAAAGGUCACACCAAGUACAAGGAAAUAAGCUCCACAUUUCAAAAGAUACAUAGUCAACAGAAAAACAGUCGCUCACACUGUGCGUUCUACUCCGUUAAGAAAACUAUGCAAUAUUGUCAGAGUUUACGACAAACUUCAUUCUUAUACUAUGGGCACAAGAGAAGUUCUAAGGAAAAUAACUGAAAAUACCUCAAUUUCACUUGAAACCUAAACCGAAAAAAUAAUGUUCUCAUUAAUAUGGUGCUAAAAACUACAAUUCUCUCUAGCUGUUAUUUAGUCACUUGUUCAUUAAGCCUCAGUUUUAUCAUGCGCCAUUCAUUCCGGUGUAUCAGAUAUUUUAAGCUCACAAAUCAAAACACUAUUUUGAAUAUAUUUGAAACAUUGAAUAAAGCCAGACUAUGCUGA